CUUCCGGCAGGCGCUGCGCUGCUGGGGGGCGCGGGCGAGGAUGGCGGCGGAGAACGAGGCCAGCCAGGAGAGCGCCCUGGGCGCCUACUCGCCAGUGGACUACAUGAGCAUCACCAGCUUCCCGCGGCUGCCCGAGGACGAGCCGGCGCCGGCGGCCCCGCUGAGGGGCCGCAAGGACGAGGACGCCUUUCUGGGAGACCCCGACACCGACCCGGACUCCUUCCUGAAGUCGGCACGGCUGCAGCGGCUGCCAUCGUCGUCGUCGGAGAUGGGCAGCCAAGACGGGUCGCCGCUACGCGAGACGCGCAAAGACCCGUUCUCCGCGGCAGCGGCCGAGUGCUCCUGCCGACAGGAUGGGCUCACGGUCAUCGUCACGGCCUGUCUCACCUUCGCUACCGGUGUCACCGUGGCGCUGGUCAUGCAGAUCUACUUCGGGGACCCCCAGAUCUUCCAGCAGGGUGCCGUGGUGACCGAUGCUGCCCGCUGCACUUCACUGGGCAUCGAGGUGCUCAGUAAACAGGGAUCUUCUGUGGACGCAGCAGUGGCAGCAGCCUUGUGUUUGGGGAUCGUGGCUCCACACAGUUCUGGCCUGGGCGGUGGGGGCGUGAUGCUGGUACAUGACAUCCGACGAAAUGAGAGCCACCUAAUUGAUUUCCGGGAGUCCGCACCAGGGGCCCUCAGGGAAGAGACCCUGCAAAGAUCCUGGGAGACCAAGCCUGGGCUCUUGGUGGGGGUUCCCGGAAUGGUGAAGGGGCUACAUGAAGCUCACCAGCUCUAUGGCAGGCUGCCAUGGUCCCAAGUCCUGGCCUUCGCAGCAGCUGUGGCCCAAGAUGGCUUCAACGUGACUCAUGAUCUAGCCCGUGCCCUGGCUGAACAGCUGCCACCCAACAUGUCCGAGCGCUUCCGGGAGACAUUCCUGCCAUCGGGCCGCCCGCCACUACCUGGCUCGUUGCUGCAUCGGCCCGACCUGGCUGAGGUGCUGGAUGUACUUGGCACCUCCGGCCCGGCUGCCUUCUACGCAGGUGGCAACCUCACACUGGAGAUGGUGGCCGAGGCUCAGCACGCAGGGGGUGUCAUAACUGAAGAGGACUUCAGCAAUUACAGCGCCCUUGUGGAGAAGCCUGUGUGUGGCGUGUACAGAGGCCACCUGGUUCUUAGUCCCCCACCCCCGCACACGGGCCCUGCCCUCAUCAGUGCUCUCAACAUCCUGGAGGGCUUCAAUCUCACCAGCCUGGUAUCCCGAGAACAGGCUCUUCACUGGGUGGCAGAGACCCUGAAGAUUGCAUUAGCCCUGGCCAGCAGACUGGGAGAUCCCGUCUAUGAUUCUACCAUCACUGAGAGCAUGGAUGACAUGCUCAGCAAGGUGGAGGCUGCCUACCUCCGGGGCCAUAUCAAUGACUCCCAGGCAGCCCCUGCUCCACUCCUGCCUGUCUAUGAACUAGAUGGAGCUCCCACAGCUGCCCAGGUGCUGAUCAUGGGACCUGAUGACUUUAUUGUGGCCAUGGUUAGCUCCCUGAACCAGCCCUUUGGCAGUGGCCUUAUCACCCCCUCGGGGAUCCUGCUCAACAGCCAGAUGCUGGACUUCUCCUGGCCCAACCGGACAGCUAACCACUCUGCACCCAGCCUGGAGAAUUCAGUGCAGCCAGGGAAGCGGCCACUCUCUUUCCUGCUGCCCACAGUGGUCCGACCCGCGGAGGGGCUCUGUGGAACCUACCUCGCUCUGGGGGCCAAUGGAGCUGCACGGGGCCUCAGCGGCCUCACACAGGUUCUGCUGAAUGUCCUGACCUUGAACCGGAACCUGAGUGACAGCCUGGCCCGCGGCCGCCUACACCCGGACCUGCAGUCCAACCUCCUGCAGGUGGACACUCUUGAUAUCUCCUGGACUGAAUCACAUUAGAAGCAGAGACCGCGAUCUUCAACGAUCACAUCCUGUGGUUGGCCAGCGAGACUUGGAUCCCAGCUGAUAGAUGACAAGGCCACAUACUUGAAAUUGAAUUUUGUUCAACAAAUAUCUGCUGGUCUCUGUUGAAUGUGAGGCUCUGUGCUAAGUUAUUUGGGCUCAGCCCAAUCUUGCCUUCAGGGCCUUAGUGUAAGAUGGAGUUAUAAGGAGUGGGGGCUUGGUGAAGGGAAAGUUCAUCUACCUGAGGCCCUGGGGAGGCUUUAUGGAGGAGGUGACAAGUAGCUUGGCUUUGAAGUAUGAGUAGGAAUUUGGAAUGUGGAGGUAAAGGACAUUCUGGACAGGAGGAACAGCCUAGGCAAAAACCAGAAUGAAUGGCUCAGAGAGCGGCCAGGAGGCUAGCUGUUGUUUCCCAGAGUUCUCAAUUUACCCAGCACCUUUGUGACUUUUGCCACAUUGCAAACCAUCUAAACCAAUAUGUACAUGUCUCUCUAAAUGAACUUCCUUUUUAGCCUAAAUGUAUUUUAUGUUAUUAUUUUUUUGAGAUAGAGUCUCACUCUGUCACCCAGGCUGGAGUGCAGUGGUGCAAUCUCAGCUCACUUCAACCUCUGCCUCCUGGGUUCAAGCGAUUCUCGUGCCUCAGCCUCCCAAGUAGCUGAGAAUACAGGUGCACAUGCCACCACACCCGGCUAAUUUUUGCAUUUUUGUAGAGAUGGGGUUUCACCAUGUUGGUCACGCUAGUCUCAAACUCCUGACCUCAAGUAAUCCGCCUGCCUCGGCCUCCCAAAGUGCUGGAUUUACAGGCGUGAGCCACCGUGCCCGGCCCUAAAUGUAUUUUUAAAAUAGACCUUAUAUCAUAAUUACAAAUGGAAAAAUGACAUCAUUUGCCACAAAUAGAUGACAAAUAGCUAUCAUCUAUUUGUUAGCUAUACAAAUAGAUAUGUGUAGUUUUUAGUUAAAUAUUGUUGCCCAUGGAAGGCUCUGAGACUGCUUUCUCCAUUAAAGAAGGAGAUUAGGAAGCGUUAGAGAGCAGACUGAAACUUGUUCCUUGCCAUAAUCAAAAGGAUUGAAAGUGAACCACAAAGGAAAUAGAUUUUCGAUUAAGUGAUUUAAUGCUAUUCAAGAUUGGGUCUUCAUCUCAAGAGCUACCAAAAGUCUUCCUAUUAGGGAAAGAAGACGACUAGAUCUUUAUUGAGAAGCGGUAGGAUGUGGAGUUACAGGGCUUAUCACAGAGGUCAGCCUUAAGAUUAUCCAAUUGAGAAGGGGAGACACAUGACCUGAUUUGUCUUAUUUAGGGGAGGUAGAUUGAGAGGAGGAGAAUUUAAGUCAGGGAAAUAUGAGAAGCAGCUGGGAUAUGGCCCAGGCAAGAGAUGAUGAGGGCCUGAACUUAUCCAAUGGGAUGGGGAUUUGUUCAUCUAUCUAGUAAGUAUCUGCUCAAUAUUUACUAUGUAUUGGCCCUGCACUGGGGAUCAACAGCAAACAAGACAACGUUCCUACCUUCAAAAAGCUUAUAAUCUAGUGGAGGGAGACACAGUAAAUAAAUAAACAAAUACAGGUAGCAGUAAGUACUUUAGAAGAAAACCAAACAAGGUAAAGAUGGUAGGGACUGCUGUUUUAGGUAAUGGUGGAAGAAAUUCUUGAAGAGGUGCCAAAGACUGGACUGCAGUAAGGGGGCCAGCAGUGUGACUUUCUAGGAGAGCAUUCCAAGCAGAAAGAACAGUAAGUACAAAGGCACUGAAGUGGAAACAUGUUUGGCCUUCUAAAGGGACAGCAAGGAGGUCAAUGUGGCUGGAAUACAGUUAAGCAAGGUGAGAAACAGAAGGAAAUGAGGGGAGGAAUUUAGAGAGGUAGCAAGGUCCCAAACAAUGUUGGGCUUAGAGGCACCUUGGUAAGGACUUUGGAUUUUAUUCUAAAUUCCUUUGAAGCUGUUGGAGGGCUUUGAGCAGGGGAAGUGACAAAGUCUGACUAAUGGUUUAAAAGGAUCCCCUUGGCUGCUGUUUGAACAGGCUAUAAGAAGCCAGGGGGCCAGGCGCGGUGGCUCACGCCUGUAAUCCUAGCACUUUGGGAGGCCGAGGUGAGCAGAUCACCUGAGGUCAGGAGUUCGAGACUAGCCUGACCAACAUGGAUAAACCCCCAUCUCUACCAAAAAAAAAAAAAAAAAAAGAAAAUUAGCCGGGCAUGGUGACGCAUGCCUGUUAUCCCAGCUACUGGGGAGGCUGAGGCAGGAUCGCUUGAACCUGGGAGGCAGAGGUUGUGGUGAGCCAAAAUUGUGCCAUUGCACUCCAGCCUGGGCAACAAGAGUGAGACUCCGCCUCAAAAAAAAAGAAAGAAAGAAAGAAAGGGAGGGAGGAAGGGAGGGAGGGCUGGAAGCAGGGAGACCAGUAAGGAAGGAAGGGAGGGCUGGAAGCAGGGAGACCAGUUAGUGGAUUAUGCAGAAAUCCUGGCAAGUAAUGAUGGCAGCUUGACUUUGGCAGGUGGAGAUGAAGACGCACAAAGCCCCUUUUUCUUUUUUUCCCUCCCUCCCUCCCUCUUUUCCUUCCUUCCAUUUUCUUUCUUUUCUUUUCUUUUUUUUUUUUUUUUUUUGGAGACAGAGUUUUGCUCUUUUGCCCAGACUGGAGUGCAGUGGUGCAAUCUCAGCUUACUUUACUGCAACUUGUGCCUCCCAGGGUCAAGCGGUCAUCCUCCUACCUUAGCCUCCUGAGUAUCCGGGACUACAGGCGUGUACCACCACGCUCAGCUAAUUUUUAAAUUUUCUGUAGAGAUGGGGUCUCCCUAUAUUGCCCAAGCUAGUCUCAAACUCCUGGGCUCAAGUGAUCCUCCCACCUUAGCCUCCCAAAGUGUUGGGAUUACAGGCAUGAGCCACUGCACCCGGCCUGUCCUGUUUUCAAUAUUAAGAAUGACUGUAUAUUGAUCACUUACUGUAUGCAAGGUUCAGUGCUGUGUGUGCAUUAUCUCCUUUAGUCCCUGCAACUUCAUGUUCUCAUAUAAGCCCUAUUUAUACAUGAGGAAAAUGAGGCUCAGCAAGGUAAAGUGAUUUGUCCAAGGUCAUACAGCUCUGUGGUGGAGCAGCCAGGACAAGGACUCAGGUCUGACUUAGGACUCUUGACCUAGUGCUCUGUACAUUCUGAAUGUAUAUAUGUUGGGGAUGGU